UGAUUAAAGCAAUAUUUGCACUCGUCCUAACAGCGAGUAAACAAAGUUCGCCAGUCUAACUCUGUGUUGACCGGGCGUCGGUCGUCAGGCAACAUGAUGAUCAAAUGGUUGUGUUUGUUUACGAUCCUCGCGUCGGCUAGAAGUGAUAGUGCGAGGAGACCCCAUAUCGUGUUGAUUAUUGCUGAUGAUUUGGGUUGGAAUGACGUGGGUUUCCACGGGCUGAACCAGGUGGGCACCCCCAACCUGGACGCGCUGGCGUACAGCGGCCGCGUCCUGCACAACUACUACGUCAACCCCAUCUGCACGCCCUCCCGCGCCGCGCUCUUCACCGGCAAGCACCCCAUACACACAGGCAUGCAACACACGGUCCUGUUCGCCAUGGAGCCGCGCGGGCUGCCGCUGUCUGAGAAGCUGCUGCCUCAGCACCUGCAGGGGCUGGGGUAUAGCACGCACCUCGUGGGGAAGUGGCACCUGGGCUUCCAUCGGAGGGAGUAUCUGCCGAUGAGCCGAGGGUUCGAUUCCCACCUCGGCUUCUGGUCGGGCCGCAUCGACCAUUUCGAUCACAUCUCCAUGGAGAAUGGGACGUGGGGCACUGAUUUUAGACGCGGAUACGACGUAGCUCACGAUUUGUACGGUCAAUACGUCACCGACAUUUAUACCAAAGAAAGUAUAAAGAUAAUCCGCGCACACAACCAGUCGUCGCCUCUGUUCCUCACUAUCGCUCACUCGGCGAUGCACAGUCAGAACGCUUACGACCCCAUCCGAGCCCCGUACCGCCUGGUGGAGACGUUCAAACAUAUUGAGGACCAGCAGAGACGGAAGUAUGCUGCGGUACUAUCUAAACUAGACUCAUCAGUGGGCGCAGUAACAGCAGCCCUGUCAGCCGCGGGCAUGUUGGACAACACGCUCCUCAUCUUCACCACUGACAACGGAGGCGCGCCGCAGGGGUUUAACGACAAUGCUGGCUCUAAUUGGCCGCUUAGAGGGGUGAAGAACACGCUAUGGGAGGGCGGCGUGCGCGGCGCGGGGCUGGUGUGGGGCGCCUCUCUCCCGCGCGGCUCGCUUGUUACUGACCAACUACAUGUUACGGAUUGGCUGCCGACUAUCUACCGCGCCGCUGGCGGGGACCCCAGCAAGUUGGGUACCAUAGACGGCAUAGACGUGUGGGGCGCGCUAACGGGGGCUGAAACGACGCCGCGCCGCGCGCUGCUGCACAACAUCGAUGACAUCUGGGGCAGCGCCGCCAUCACCGUUGACCAGUGGAAACUUAUUAAAGGUACGAAUUACAACGGCACGUGGGACGGGUGGUACGGGCCGAGCGGGCGCGAGGGCUCGUACGACGUAGACGCUGUAUACAAGAGCCCCGCUGGUGUGGCGUUGCAGAAAGGAGGAUACAUGCCUGAUAGGGAAGCUGUACUGGCUUUGAGAGAUCAAGCGACGGUAUCGUGUAAGAAUGCAACAUCAGUUCCGUGUCUACCGCUGCAGGCGCCGUGCCUCUUCAACAUACAGGAGGACCCCUGCGAGAUGAGGAACUUGGCUAAAGAAUUCCCAGAGGUACUAGAGAUGAUGUUGUCAAGGUUGGAAGUAUUUAAUCGAACUGCCAUUCCACCGAGUAACCUACCCCUGGACAAGGCGGGAGACCCGAAGUACUGGGGACGAGUUUACACUAACUUUGUGGACUAUCUCACUGUUAGUACUUAGACAUACUGUGAUAUACACUACUGUAAGUAAACUUUUAUAUAUUUUAUACUAGGUAAUAAAAUGAAAGGCCGUUAUAUAUUUUA